UCAGAAGUUCCCAGUGCUCAGUCUGCCCAGCAGCAUCAAACAGACCUGGCCUCCAUAUUUAUGCUGCUGGAGGAGAACAUCAACACCUUUGUGAAGAAGGAGCUGAAAAACCUCCACAGGUCUCUGAGGCCAGAUUACCCAGAAUGCUUAGAGAGGCAGAGGGAGGAUGAGGAGGUGUUGGACGGUGAGGAGGAAGAGCAGAGGUGGAGCAGCAGAGAGGCUUUUCUGCAGAUCACACUGCACUUCCUGAGGAGAAUGAAGCAGGAGGAGCUGGCUGAGCGUCUGCAGAGCAGAACUCUCUCAGGGUGCCAACAUGACCUCAGAUCUAACCUGAAGAAGAAGUUUGAGUGUUUGUUUGAGGGGAUUGCUAAAGCAGGAAACCCAACACCUCUGAAUCAGAUCUACACAGAGCUGUACAUCACAGAGGGAGAGAGUGGAGAGCUCAAUGAGGAACAUGAGGUCAGACAGAUUGAAACAGCAUCCAGGAAAUUAGCCAGACCAGAAACACCAAUCAAAUGUGAGGACAUCUUUAAACCUUUACCUGGAAGAGAUCAACCAAUCAGAACAGUGAUGACAAAGGGAGUGGCUGGCAUUGGGAAAACAGUCUUAACACAGAAGUUCACUCUGGACUGGGCUGAACACAAAGCCAACCAGCAUGUCCACUUCACAUUUCCAUUCACUUUCAGAGAGCUGAAUCUGCUGAGAGGGAAAAAGUUGAACUUGGUGGAACUUCUUCAUCACUUCUUCACUGAGACCAAAGAAGCAGGAAUCAGCAGGUUUGAGCAGUUCCAGGUUGUGUUGAUCUUUGACGGUCUGGAUGAGUGUCGACUUCCUCUGGACUUCAAGAACAACCAGAUCCUGACUGAUAUUACAGAGUCCACCUCAGUGGACGUUCUGCUGACAAACCUCAUCAAGGGGAACCUGCUUCCCUCUGCUUUCCUCUGGAUAACCGCACGACCCGCAGCCGCCAAUCAGAUCCCUUCUGAGUGUGUUGGCAUGGUGACAGAGGUGAGAGGCUUCACUGACCCACAGAAGGAGGAAUACUUCAGGAAGAGAUUCAGAGAUGAGGAGCAGGCCAACAGAAUCAUCUCCCACAUCAAGACGUCACGAAGCCUCCACAUCAUGUGCCACAUCCCGGUCUUCUGCUGGAUCACUGCUACAGUUCUGGAGGACGUGUUGAAAACCAGUGGGGGAGGAGACCUGCCCAAGACCCUGACUGACAUGUAUAUCCACUUCCUGGUGGUUCAGUCCAAAGUGCAGAACAUCAAGUAUCAUGGGAGAGCUGAGACAGAUCCACACUGGACUCCAGAGACCAGGGAGAUGAUCCUGUCUCUGGGAAAACUGGCUUUUGAGCAGCUGGAGAAAGGGAACCUGAUCUUCUAUGAAGCAGACCUGGCAGAGUGUGGCAUUGAUAUCAGAGCAGCCUCAGUGUACUCAGGAGUGUUCACACAGAUCUUUAAAGAGGAGCGUGGGCUGUACCAGGACAAGGUUUUCUGCUUUGUCCAUCUGAGCAUUCAGGAGUUUCUGGCUGCUGUUCAUGUCUUUGUGACAUUCAUCAACUCUGGAGUCAAUCUGCUGUCAGAAGAACAAUCAACCUCCCAACUAAAACACCUCUACCAGAGUGCUGUGGACAAGGCCUUACAGAGUCCAAAUGGACACCUGGACUUGUUCCUGCGCUUCCUCCUGGGUCUUUCACUGCAGACCAAUCAGACUCUCCUACGAGGCCUGCUGACACAGACAGGAAGUAGGUCACAGACCAACCAGGAAACAGUCCUGUUCAUCAAGGAGAAGAUCAGGGACAAUCCCUCUCCAGAGAGAAGCAUCAACCUGUUCCACUGUCUGAAUGAGCUGAAUGACCAUUCUCUAGUGGAGGAGAUCCAACAGUACCUGAAUUCAGGAAGUCUCUCCACAGUCAAACUGUCCCCUGCUCAGUGGUCAGCUCUGGUCUUCAUCUUACUGUCAUCAGAAGAAGAUCUGGACGUGUUUGACCUGAAGAAAUACUCUGCUUCAGAGGAGGCUCUUCUGGGGCUGCUGCCACUGGUCAAAGCCUCCAAGAAAUCUGUGCUGAGUGUGUGUAAUCUGUCAGAGAGAAGCUAUGCAGCUCUGGCCUCAGUUCUCAGCUCCCAGUCCUCUAGUCUGAGAGAGAUGGACCUGAGUGACAACCAGCUGCAGGAUUCAGGAGUGAAGCUGCUCUCUGCUGGACUGGAGAGUCCACACUGUAGACUGGAGACUCUCAGGCUGUCAGGCUGUCUGCUCACACAGGAAGGCUGUACUUCUCUGGCCUCAGCUCUGAGCUCCAACCCCUCCCAUCUGAGAGAGCUGGACCUGAGCUACAAUCAUCCAGGAGACUCAGGAGUGAAGCUGCUCUCUGCUGGACUGGAGGAUCCAACCUGGAGACUGGAGGCUCUCAGGUAUGGAGAGACACACACAAUGUCUUACAGAGGCCUGAGGAAUAUUGUUUCAUAUUUAAUGGUGGAUAUGAGUGACGUGGUCUGCUAAAUCCUUCAUAGGGAAAGUUAUUUACUGCCCAUGUUUCCAUCCUCAAAGAGAAUCUGCUGCUCUGACUCUGUUUCUUCCUCCAGGGUGGACCAUGGUGGAGAGCAGUGGUUGAAACCAGGUCUGAGGAAGUAUUCAUGUGAACUCAAACUGGACAAAAACACAGCAAACAGAAACCUCGUCCUGUCUGAGGACAGCAGGAAGGUGAUGCAUGUGAGCAACGAGCAGCCAUAUCCUGAUCACCCAGAGAGGUUUGACUUCUGGCCACAGAUCCUGUGUGGUGAUGGUCUGACUGGUCGCUGCUACUGGGAAGUUGAAUGGAGAGGAUGGGUUGAUAUAUCAGUGACUUACAGAGGAAUCGGCAGGAGGGGAAACAGUGAUGACUGUGGGCUUGGCAGGAAUGUCAACUCCUGGAGUUUGAUCUGCUCUGAUGAUGGUGGUUUCUCUGUCAGGCACAAUAACAGACAGGCAGCCGUGCCGGUCCGCUCCUCCUCUAACAGAGUGGCAGUGUAUCUGGACUGGCCUGCUGGCUCUCUGUCCUUGUACAGCAUCUCCUCUGACACACUGAUCCACCUCCACACCUUCAACAGCACCUUCACUGAGCCUCUGUACCCGGGGUUUAGGGUUUGGUUUGACUCCUCAGUGUCUCUUGUGAGCUGCAGCCGCAGUCUUCACCUGACCGUGCUGUGGUCAGAGGUUCCCAGUGCUCAGUCUGCCCAGCAGCAUCAAACAGACCUGGCCUCCAUAUUUAUGCUGCUGGAGGAGAACAUGGUCACCUUUGUGAAGAAGGAGCUGAAAAACCUCCACAGGUCUCUGAGGCCAGAUUACCCAGAAUGCUUAGAGAGGCAGAGGGAGGAUGAGGAGGUGUUGGACGGUGAGGAGGAAGAGCAGAGGUGGAGCAGCAGAGAGGCUUUUCUGCAGAUCACACUGCACUUCCUGAGGAGAAUGAAGCAGGAGGAGCUGGCUGAGCGUCUGCAGAGCAGAACUUUCACAGGGUGCCAAUGUGACCUCAGAUCUAACCUGAAGAAGAAGUUUGAGUUUGUGUUUGAGGGGAUUGCUAAAGCAGGAAACCCAACACCUCUGAAUCAGAUCUACACAGAGCUGUACAUCACAGGGGGAGGGAGUGGAGAGCUCAAUGAGGAACAUGAGGUCAGAUGGAUUGAAACAGCAUCCAGAAAACAAGCCAGACCAGAAACACCAAUCAAAUGUGAGGACAUCUUUAAACCUUUACCUGGAAGAGAUCAACCAAUCAGAACAGUGAUGACAAAGGGAGUGGCUGGCAUUGGGAAAACAGUCUUAACACAGAAGUUCACUCUGGACUGGGCUGAACACAAAGCCAACCAGCAUGUCCACUUCACAUUUCCAUUCACUUUCAGAGAGCUGAAUCUGCUGAAAGGGAAAAAGUUGAACUUGCUGGAACUUCUUCAUCACUUCUUCACUGAGACCAAAGAAGCAGGAAUCAGCAGGUUUGAGCAGUUCCAGGUUGUGUUGAUCUUUGACGGUCUGGAUGAGUGUCGACUUCCUCUGGACUUCAAGAACAACCAGAUCCUGACUGAUGUUACAGAGUCCACCUCAGUGGACGUUCUGCUGACAAACCUCAUCAAGGGGAACCUUCUUCCCACUGCUCGAGUCUGGAUAACCUCACGACCCGCAGCGGCCAAUCAAAUCCCUCCUGAGUGUGUUGGCAUGGUGACAGAGGUGAGAGGCUUCACUAACCCACAGAAGGAGGAAUACUUCAGGAAGAGAUUCAGAGAUGAGGAGCAGGCCAGCAGAAUCAUCUCCCACAUUAAGACGUCACAAAGCCUCCACAUCAUGUGCCACAUCCCAGUCUUCUGCUGGAUCACUGCUACAGUUCUGGAGGACGUGUGGAAAACCAGUGAGGGAGGAGACCUGCCCAAGACCCUGACUGAGAUGUACAUCCACUUCCUGGUGGUUCAAUCCAAAGUACAGAACGUUAAGUAUCAUGGGAGAGCUGAGACAGAUCCACACUGGACUCCAGAGACCAGGGAGAUGAUCCUGUCUCUGGGAAAACUGGCUUUUGAGGAGCUGGAGAAAGGCAACCUGAUCUUCUAUGAAGCAGACCUGGCAGAGUGUGGCAUUGAUAUCAGAGCAGCCUCAGUGUACUCAGGAGUGUUCACACAGAUCUUUAAAGAGGAGCGUGGGCUGUACCAGGACAAGGUUUUCUGCUUCGUCCAUCUGAGCCUUCAGGAGUUUCUGGCUGCUGUUCAUGUCUUUGUGACAUUCAUCAACUCCGGAGUCAAUCUGCUGUCAGAGGGACAAUCAACCUCCCAACUAAAACACCUCUACCAGAGUGCUGUGGACAAGGCCUUACAGAGUCCAAAUGGACACCUGGACUUGUUUCUGCGCUUCCUUCUGGGUCUUUCACUGCAGACCAAUCAGACUCUCCUACAAGGCCUGCUAACACAGACAGGAAGUAGCUCUCAGACCAAUCAGGAAACAGUCCAGUUCAUCAAGGAGAAGAUCAGGGACAAUCCCUCUCCAGAGAGAAGCAUCAACCUGUUCCACUGUCUGAAUGAGCUGAAUGACCAUUCUCUAGUGGAGGAGAUCCAACAGCACCUGAGGUCAGGACGUCUCUCCACAGUCCAACUGUCCCCUGCUCAGUGGUCAGCUCUGGUCUUCAUCUUACUGUCAUCAGAAGAAGAUCUGGACGUGUUUGACCUGAAGAAAUACUCUGCUUCGGAGGAGGCUCUUCUGGGGCUGCUGCCACUGGUCAAAGCCUCCAAGAAAUCUGUACUGAGUGGCUGUAAUCUGUCAGAGAGAAGCUGUGCAGCUCUGGCCUCAGUUCUCAGCUCCCAGUCCUCUAGUCUGAGAGAGCUGGACCUGAGCGACAACCAGCUGCAGGAUUCAGGAGUGAAGCUGCUCUCUGCUGGACUGGAGAGUCCACACUGCAGACUGGAGACUCUCAGGCUGUCAGGCUGUCUGCUCACACAGGAAGGCUGUGCUUCUCUGGCCUCAGCUCUGAGCUCCAACCCCUCCCAUCUGAGAGAGCUGGACCUGAGCUACAAUCAUCCAGGAGACUCAGGAGUGAAGCUGCUCUCUGCUGGACUGGAGGAUCCAACCUGGAGACUGGAGGCUCUCAGGGUGGACCAUGGUGGAGAGCAGUGGUUGAAACCAGGUCUGAGGAAGUAUUCCUGUGAACUCAAACUGGACAUAAACACAGCAAACAGAAACCUCGUCCUGUCUGAGGACAACAGGAAGGCAACACUGAAAGAUGAGCAGCCAUAUCCUGAUCACCCAGAGAGGUUUGACUUUUGGCCACAGAUCCUGUGUAGAGAUGGUCUGACUGGUCGCUGUUACUGGGAGAUUGAAUGGAAAGGAACAGUUUAUAUAGCAGUGACUUACAGAGGAAUCAGCAGGAAAGGAAACAGUGAUGACUGUGGGCUUGGCAGGAAUGACAAGUCCUGGAGUCUGGCCUGCUGUGAUGAUGGUUUCACUGCCAGACACAAUAACAGACAGGCAGCCAUCCCUGCCCCCCCCUCCUCCUCUAACAGAGUGGCAGUGUAUCUGGACUGGCCUGCUGGCUCUCUGUCCUUCUACAGCGUCUCCUCUGACACACUGAUCCACCUCCACACCUUCAACACCACCUUCACUGAGCCUCUGUACUUUGGGUUUGAGCUCUGGAUAUAUGACUCCUCAGUGUCUCUGUGUGAAUUUGAAGAGUGAGAGUCACCUCCUGUGUGG